UUUGUUUUCUUUUAAGAUGUUCAGAGGGAAUAUGAAUCGAUUUGGAAUCGUUUUUCAUCGCAUCAACAGGCCGUUUAUAGCGAAUCACGUUCGUUUUUAUCCUCGUGGGUGGUACAGCUGGAUUUCAAUGAGAGUUGAAAUUUAUGGAUGCCCAUCAGCUGGUCUCUGUAAUGGUGCCCUAGGCCUUCAAAGUGGCCGCUUGAAGAAUGGACAAAUUACUGCCUCCUCUACGUGGCCAGGCCUCUAUACUUGGCGCGCGAGAUUGCAUCACGCCCAGGCCUGGUGCGCACGCUAUAAUAACCACAACCAGUGGCUUAAGUUCGACUUCCGUCGCCCUACCAAGGUGAUAGGAAUGGCCAUACAGGGGAGGUCUAAUGCCCAUCAGUGGGUCACCAGGUUCCUAUUACAUUCAAGUCAAGACAAUGUCCACUGGGCUGUGUACAGAUAUAAAAAUAAUGACAAGGUACGAUCCGCCCCUUCCAACUGGUUUCACUCAGACGAUUGGAGACAAAAAAUUAAAUUCUAUACCUUAAUUUUUUUCGUAGCCAUUAUUUUGAAUAAUUUUGGCGGAGCAGCCAAUCAUAGGUAUCGCAUAAUAAUUUUUACAACAGCAUUUGUAGCCACUUGCAAUCAGUCAGCAUUUGUAGUCAGCCACAUCAAGAGCACAUUAUUCUGGAGUAUUUAUGCUUGUCACCAAGGACCCACUUCUUUUACUUUAUCUGUCACGUUCUUGUUGCAGUACUUCCCGGGAAGCCGUGACCAACAUUCAGUGACCACAAUGCCAAUAAACCCAGCCAUCUUAGCGAGAUAUCUGAAAAUCCAACCUCGUGGAUGGCGCAGUCACAUUUGUAUGAAAGUUGAGUUUUAUGGCUGCCCAGCAGACAAUUGUUUCAUGCCACUCGGAAUGCAAGAUGGUCGCAUUACCAAAUCCCGCCUCCGUGCAUCGUCCAUGUACAACAAGUACUACGGACCUUACAACGCGCGAUUGCAGGCGCGAAACUAUGGUUCCACGCGCGGGGGCUGGAUAGCACGAAUAAGGAACACUCAACAGUGGAUACAGGUGGACUUGGAGAAAGUUGCUACCCUCAAGGGUGUGGCUACACAGGGGCGAUUUGACGCAAAUCAAUACGUGAAGUCUUACAUUGUCACCUACAGCCGAAACGGAAGGCGGUUCGUUCCUUACAGAGAAGGACGUCGAACAAGGCUUUUUAGUGCCAACAGUGACAGAUACCACGUUGUUACACGUCGCUUUAUAAAACCGUUCAAGGCCCGCUUUGUGAGACUUCAUCCAAAAUCCUGGUACAGUUACAUAUCCUUGAGAAUGGAGCUGUAUGGUUGCAGGCACGGUGAGUUUUAA